AUGCCUACUUCCUAUGCUAUCGUCGGCGCGUCUCGCGGUAUCGGUCUGGAGUUCGUCCGCCAGCUGUCCGCGCGCCCGAACACCACGGUGUACGCCGUCGUGCGUAAUCCGACGUCUUCGACGUUCUUGAACGAGGCCGUCAAGGGUCUGAAGAACGUGCACAUCAUCACAGGCGACGUCGAGGUCCCGGAGUCGAUGAGGGGCGCCGCCGAAGCGGUCGGCAAGCUGUCCGGGGGCAAGCUCGACUGCAUCAUCCACAACGCGGCGAAGAUGGACCUGGCGUCGAUGAUGAAAGGCUUCGACAGCUAUGGCAGCCUAGAAGAGAUGGACGAAGCGAUGAUCGACAUGUUCCGGAUCAACUCGCUCGGCCCGAUCCACACCAUCGCGACCUUCCUCCCCCUCCUCCGCGCGGGCUCGGCGAAGAAGAUCGUCGUCAUCGGCUCCGAGGGCGGCACGACCGACUUCAUCAAGUUCCUGCGCGUCGACGACAUGGCCUCGUACGGGAUGACCAAGGCCGCGCAGCACAUCGCGACGACCAAGUACGCGAUGAAGCUCGCCCCCGAGGGCUUCACCGUCGUCAGCGUCUCCCCCGGCCUCGUCGACACCACCUCGACGAUGCCGGAGUCGGAAAAGAACCUGCCGGAGCCCCCCGAGGUCGCGCGCCUGAUGGCGAACGCGAAGGCGAAGGGCCUCCCGGCCGGCGCUCAGCUGCCGCAGAGCGCGGUGUCCAAGAUGCUCAGGGCGGUCGACAGGCUCAGCCCGUCGCAGAACGGCGAGUUCUUGUCGCCGACGAUGAACCCUCUGAAGGUGCUGCCGCAGAUCAUGAUGAACCGCGCGGCGAUGCUCGUGGGCCGCAAGUGA